CGCGACGUGCCGGGCGGUCGCCGCGCGCGCCGCGCGCCACCGGUACCGGGGUGGUCAUUUCCGUUUUCGAUUCCGACGUCAUCCAACUCCGAAAGCCCGUGUGUUUUGUGUUUCUUUGGGGCCACGAUGAUUAUCGCUAAUUUAACAUUGAAACUUUUGAAAUUGGAAUUAAGUUUCUUCACGUCUUAAAAAGUUUCAAAAAUUUCAUACCGACUAUAAAGGGCAAAUACAUUGUUGGUCUUAAGACGCAAAAAUAAGCAACUUAAAGAUAGUAAAGCUAUUGUGUACAUAAAGAAAAAUUGAGACAAAACUCAACAUUGACACGUGACUGGAGUACAAUUCAAAAAUAUUAACAAACAUGGGCAUUCAAGACUUGCAAACUUUCUUGGACGGUAAUUGCGUACAAGGGGGUUCUAUACCUGUGGACUUGUUGAAGAUAGCGCGCAUGGUCGCUCAAAAAUCUCAACGUAAUCGCAUAAUUAAAGGACAGCAGAUACACAAUUAUGGUAAAUUAAGACUAAUUCUUGAUGGAGAGUGUUGCUUGGAUCGAUUGUAUGGUGGAUUCUUCUCAGAUUGGGCUUGUGGUGGACAAUGGAAUCGCAUGCUCCAGUUUCUUGCUGUUCUUAUACAAGCAAUGGAAAUGUCAGGACUGGAGGUAGCUGUAUUCUUUAAUGGAUGUUUCGAACCUCUUCGGAAAGCAGAUUGGGUGCAACACCAGCUGCAAGUACGCGCUAAAGUUAACAAUGUCUUGAAACAUAUAACAACGAAAGGUACGCCACCGCCAAAAAUCUGGUGGACUCCACCUGUAUGUUUAAGAACAAGCUUACGUAUGGCUCUCAGGCAUCUGAAUGUCACAGUUUUAUGUAGUAUGGAUGACCAUCACCAAGAAGUAAUUGCUUAUUGUCGUGAGAAUAAUUACAAUGGUCUCAUAGCUGACGAUGCAGAAUAUGCUGCGUUUGAUCCUCCACGCUACUUCUCAUCUGAACAAUUAAAACUUACAUACAAGGGUUCUCUUGAUACGAAAGAAUACAUGCUUUCUGAACUCACUAGAGCUCUCAACAUACCAUCUGACAGGCUCUGUAUAUUGGCAGCUUUACUUGGAAAUUAUAUAUUGACUGAAAACGACCUGGCCGAUUUCUACAAAAAUCAUAAUAUUAGCACAAACGUGCUGAAUAAGACAAGCGUUGAACAAGUGAUUAAGAUAAUUGCAAAUUUUGUGAAGGAACUUCCAUCUGCAGAAUUGGAUGUGGUUUCGCAAAAGGUGUUUGGUUCCACCUCCGAUCCAAGAUGUUCGAAGUUGAGACAAUCUGUUCAAUAUUACUUAAACGGAACAAAGGAAGGAUUUUUACAUUAUAAGCCUGUGAAACCAGCAAAAGUUCAUAAGCUAGAUUCCAAACAGAACACACAGACUCAGUCGAGUUUGUCCGACACGCAGUCAGCAUCAGAAGGUGAUUCUAACUUGGAAACGUCGAGAUUUGCCUCUGAAACUUUGGAGAGCGAACGUGAAAGUUUGAACGCGUACAAACAGGCGACGGCUAACGCAAAGGCAGCACCGCAAAUUGUGAUCGAUCCACCUGGUAUUCAGGGCCAUGGAGAUGCCGAUGCCAUACAUACGGAGGAAGAGCAAAGCGAUGGACAUGCUAUCAACGGUACUCACAAUCUCUUGAUAAGUUCGUCAAGUUCGAGUAGUAGUUCCUCAGCGACAUCGCCAUCCCAUGCAACAGCGGAUUCGGCGCGGCAACCGGAGAAAACUACUAAUAUUCCUACCACCUCACCCGAAGUUAUGCGUACCGCCUCGGAGCGUCAUCAGAAGGGGCUCAUGUCGCCGUACAUCUAUCAAAUUCUCAUCGCUGGUGAAAUCAAGCUGCCAGUCCUUUUAGAAGAUGAAAAUCACCGUGAAUUUCCUUCUAUUCAUGUGAUUUAUAGACCAAUUCGACAAAUGGUGUAUGCGAUUUUGUUCAAUCUCCAUCACCGGAUGUAUCUAGCUACGAAAAAUAGCGAAAAAAUCGAGAUACCAGAUGUAAUAAUAAAAGAGUGGGUAUGGUCAAAGUCCAAUCCAUACCAGACUCCUGAAUUAGUGAAGGCAGAGCAAAUUGGUUGGGGCGUGCCUACGAUUCAACGUUUGUGGUUUGGCACAGUCAUAGAUGAUAAGCGACGAAGGCUUAGGGGUUUCCUGACUUGUAUGAGAUCGGACACGCCUCUCAUGUUAAAUACCUCAUAUGUACCGCAACAUCUGCUGGUCAUGGCCUGUGUUUUAAGAUAUAUUAUGUCUUUUUCUGAGAAGAUAAAAAUCCUGCGCCGUCAGGAGUUAGACGCUUUUAUCGCGCAAGCCUUUUCGCCGGAGCUUAUGAACGCCCAGUAUUUGCAGGAUCUGCAGCUUCCAUUAGUGACAUCACGCGGUGUACAACUGGCUACCUUGUUCAUGGCUGGGGUCGAGACCGCAUUAUUAGCAAACGAUGCUUGUGGCGCGCCGAUUCCAUGGUUGAUGUGUUGCCCUUGGCUUUACUUUGACGGCAAAUUGUUUCAUCAUACGUUGGCUCGUGCUACUAUCGCUAAGAAUUUAUUGGAACUAUGCAGCGGUCAUAUUGACCGCGUUGUAAAAGUCGAGAGGAUGAGGAAAGCUAUACUCGAAGGAAUCACUGUUGUAUUUGCGCGACCACCUUUACCUGUCACGCCAGGUAUUCGUCAACAGGUAUUAUCAACAGGUAUUCCCUCCAAUAUCUUACCCGCUGGUUGUACCAUUAACGACGGACUGAUGCGCGGUCGUGGCAGCGGCACGUUACCGCAACGUGGUGUAAUGCGCCGUCCAAUCCCUUCGCGUGGUGGUCAAUUGGAGAUCGCUGGUGUCGUAGUGGGUCAAUGGGGCCCUAAUUACGGACAGCCCGGUCGAUUGCCGCAACCCCUGCAGGGGCACCCUCGCGGACGAAUUCCACCGCAGGUAACUUCUAUUGGCGGACUUAAAUACGGUCUUCCUCGUGGAUUUAAUCCGAUAAACAGACCAACAUUUCAAACACGCGGUGCUACUCGUGCUCCGAUUGCCGGACGUGGCAAGAAGACUCAAAUGAAGGUGUCUAGCAAAAAGAAAACUCCCAUUAAAAAGACCAAGGAAACUGAGAAGAAAGAUAACAAGGGCCGUAUCACUGUCGACGGAAUUACCGAUUAUAAUGAAACUCAAACCGAUAACGCUCGUUCACUACUGACAAAAGACGCACUGCCAGUACCGGGUCAGUUUGAUGAUGCGGUAGAGAAUAGUAAGGGCAUGGAAAAGGGGCAGGGCGACGCACCGCUCGUCGCUCCGGUUGCCACGGAAAAUUAGAUAUAAAAAGAAAACUUCUCGAAAAAUGACUGCAACUACUCCCAAAUAACGACUCAAGACUGCUAACAAACUACUUAUAUAUUCUGAGCAAUUGUGCACCUGUAACAUUUAAAUAUCGCUCUUUAAGAUUGUUACACAGAAUUUUUGAUAUUGUGUAAUUUCUAAAAUUCAAUAUUAUUAAUUAUUAUAAAGCUAUUAAUAAAAGAUAUUUUACCAUUUCUAAAUUUUGGCAGAUACUUUACAGAAAAACUUAUAGCCAUUGACCAUUACUAUUUAAUAUCAGAAAAUGUAAAUCAGAUUUACAUUUGACAAUUAGCAACAAUUAGUACAACUUGGACCUACGUACAAAUUUAUUUGCAAUUAUCUAACUUUUCUUAAAUUAAAACUAUGAUGUAAAAGUUUAUGCUAAUAAAAUAUCAAUAUAGUAUUUCGUAGCAAACAGUUUCAUUUUUUAAGCAAUAGCUACUUGAAAGUGGUUUUUAAAUGUUACGUGCACAGUGGUUCUAAAGCUCUGAUGGGUCCAAAAUAUUGAUCUAAUAAUAGGAGACAAGAAAUCUUUACUUACGGUGUCUCGAUAGCACGCGACACGAUGUAAAAGAUUUUACCCGUUCUUGACGUAUGCGAUAUAUGAUGUCCUCACUGCCAAACGUACCACUCUAUAUAAGAUAGAAAGACAAAAAAAAUCGUGCUUGUGCUAAAAACAAUGCGAGCAAAUUGUACUCGCAUUACGAUGGAAUAGAACUCGACUGAUUAGUGUAUGUGUGCGCUAAUUUUACUACUCAGAACAAAUCGUCUCAGCUGCUAUAAGUAUUUAAUUCUUAAGAAGUGUGAUUAUUUUUUUUACACGAAAAUAUAUAUUUUCCGGUAUUAUAUGAAAUGCUCGCUGCGAUGUAUCUCAGUGAUUCGAUCUGAUCGACAAAGGGAGUAGUCUGAUAUACACAUGAAUAUACGCCAUAUUAUACGUGAUAGCGUUUAAUUGAUUUUUAUAGAUAAGAUCGAUGUCAGACGGGACACUGAGAUAGUCAUUAGCACAUGGAGACUGAUGCUUUUCAUAUAGGUAAAAUAUAUAUUUAUAUAUAUACAUAUAUUAUUUAGAUUAGAGUUCUCAUGCAGUAUAUUAUACGUAAGUUGUGCCUGUGUAAAGCGUGUGAAUGUAUUGUACCUGAGAGUAUGAGUACAUGAGAGAAAUUGUGAAUAUUAGAGUAUGUGUAAUUACAAGAAUGAGUGAGAGAGUGAGUGAGAGAGAAAGUAAGUAAAGAGAAGGAAAAGGAGAGAAAGCGAGAAAUGAACAGAGGGAGAGUGCAAAAGAAAAAGGAUGAGAGAGAAAAAGAGUUAGAGAGCCACGAUAAUGAUGUACAUAAACGUGGCGUAUACGUCGUUAUAGACACAUAUACAUACGGAUAUAUUCACCGUAUAUACAUAUGUGUACGUGAUCUAGAUCAUAUUUAUUUGCGUUGGAGAAUUGUAUGAACGGAUGUCCUGAAUGGAAUUUCAGAUUUAGAUAACAUUUCUAACAACAGACUUGAGGCUUAUCGUUAGGAUGUCCAAUAUAAGAGUUUGUUAAGAAGUCAUCUUAACGACACGCUUCAUAUUGUUUGGAAAAUAUGCUACAUUAUGAUGCAUUUGUUACAAUUUGUUAGUCCUAGACCAUUAAAAACGCAUUUAGUUUAUUAAAUUUAUGUUAACAAUAUAUAAUAUAAAUAUUGUUUAUAUAUUAUAUGUAAAGAAUAUUAAUACUAUAUAGUAAACAAGAUCUCGGUGUAUGCACGAAUUUGUGAUGAAAAUUGAAUAAUAUACAUUUUAUAUCGUAUUAUAAGAUGUGCAUAAGUUUGUAAGAUAAUAUUUUUGACAAAUUAAAAUAUUUAUAAAAACGAGUUGCGUCGUCACACUGAAUUUUCGUCAAGCAGGUCCUUGUAAUAACGACGCAACUUAUUUUCACGAAUGUUUCAAUUUGUCAAAAAAUACCUUACGAAGUUUUGCACACAUUCAAUAAUAUAAAUAUCCUUUAUAAUAUAUUCAUAUUAAAAUAUACGGAAUGUAUAUCAUUAGGUUCAUUUCAAUAUUCUAAUUUGAUGAAAAUUAAUGACAUAAAAUUAAAAAUAUGUCACAUAUUGGUUGUUAAAUAUUUAACGAAAAAAUUAAUUUUAUUGCGUUCGAAAAAGAAUUUUUGUGCGUAUGCCUAAUGUAGCAUAUUUCAAGAAAUAAUCCUUGUUUAAUUGUACAUAUGAACAGUUGCUUUAUAAGUGACGCUGUGUGAUUGAUAUGGUGUAUAUAUAGAAUCCAGAUCCGUAUGUGUUUAUUACACAUCGGAAUAGGAGAUGAUUAUGUUUAAAAUAUGCUAUUUAUGUGUAGAAUAGUCUAAAAGACUUUCUACCAAAGAUCAUCCGAGUUUAAAAGAGAUAAAGCAAGGGUUCUUUUAUCAAUAGAAAUGAUAUACAACAGCGAAAUAACAAGACAGCACGACAGAACACGAUUAUUAAAAAUAAGUAACGAAGACGAUGCAGACACGUGUCUAAGACAUGUGUGCGAAGGUGAUUAAAGCGAGUAAAAAGAGAAAACCGUUUAUUGAGAUAAUAUAAUGAGAUAUGAUGAUAAGAUAAAAUGUUAUAUUUUUGUAGAUUUGUUAUUGCGUAAAAUGCAUUAGGACAAUGAGAAACUUUAUAUAAUUUGAGUAAAAUGACAGUUAACGAGUCUGAGAAUAGUUAAAGGAGCAAGAUCUUGUGAGAGAGAAAGAGUGAAAGAAAGACAGACGGAAGUGCUUUAAAUGGCAUAUUAAGAAUGUGACAUUCGCGAAGAUAAAUUUUGCUGAAAAGAAAAAAAGAAACGAAUCCCAUGUUCUCCUACAUUUCCGAAGCUCUCAGUUUCCUGAGUUGCGUGUAGGAACAGGAAAAAAGAUAUAUAACGUGUGUACGUAUGUAUCUGGGUGUGCGUGUAUGUGUGCAUAUAUUGUAUACAUAAUAUAUACAACACACACACACAUACACAUAUAUACAUACACAUACACAUUCGUUAUAUACGUAUAUAUAUGAAUAACAAAAAUGAAUUAUAACUAAUGUCAGCUUCGAUGUGCGCCGAGCAUACUGAAAAAUAAUUCGACUGUUUUAUGCGAUGCAUAUGCGAAGUAAUCAACAUUUGCUUACCAUAUUUGUCUCGAUGAGAGCGUUUAUAAAUCAUACGUUUCACGGAUAUAUGUAAUAUAUCGGAUACAUGUAAUCAUUCGAGUCUCAUAACGACUUAGCGUGCGGAUACGCUUAUACGAUUACUUUGCAAAGUACGUUGCAGUGCACCAAGUACGAUCGCUGAUACGAUGUUUCUUUCUGAAAACGUAAAUUUUGAGAAUUAACAAAGUCGUUCGUUCCGAACGCGUAUACACACACACACACACACACACAUACACACAUAAUUACAUAUAACACGUACUAGAAGCCGACCUUCUUGAAUCUGACGAAAUACGAAUUUGAGAGUAAAACGCCACUUUACGCUUUUACGUAAAGAUAGAUGAUUUUCUUUCUGAGAAGUCAAACUCUUGAUACAUAUAAAUAUAUAUAUACCGGAUAUAAAACAAAUAAAGACACAAAUAACGAUGUAUGCAACGUGAUCAGUUGCUGCUGCACUGAUAUAUGAGUAUGCAACAAUAAUAAUAACGUGAAAUAAUUUAAUGUGAACGCGAAGCGUAAUACUAAAAACGAAAAAAAAGAGAAUUCAAUAUUGAAUACAACAGAAAGCAGAAAUGUUGAAAACAAGGAAAACUCGCAUAAAGCAUUAACGACGUAAAAAACAGGCGCGUUUCGCGACUCAGAGCGUAGCUGCCUGCUUUUCGUUGUGAUAAGUAGAAAAAUGGGGCCCACGAAAGUCGUCUAUGAUAAUACCGAGACAUUACCAUUAAAAGUUAUAAAUAAUCUAUCGUAUUUAUGAAGUAACAAUCUGUAAUGAUCUUUGAAAUAUUGUGUGUUGUGAACAGAUAAUUAAUAACAGAAAAAUUGUACACCAAGUAAAUGCUAAACUCUCGAUAAUCUUGCUGGAACGACAGACAUGACUGCUGUAACGAAGAAACAGUCAGAUGAAUCGCGCAGAAUUCCUUUCACGAUCUUUUGUAUGUACGUGUCGCGCGUAACGUACAAAACGUUGUUGCGAAAUAACACGCUCGAUUAAAACGACAUAAUUUUCGUUUCGUUUCAACGCUACUUUUCUAGCACGGAGUGCUAUCUAUACGAUACGCAGCUGAGUACAAGGAUUCUCCUUGAUUAACACUUGAAACAUGUAUUCGCCGACAUUUAUAUUCUUUAUUCAGAGAAAAAUCCUACUUUCUUACAUAUCUCUCUCUAUAUGUUAUCGUCCUCCUUCUUUUAUACUUUAGAGCCUUAGGCUGUCUUGCAAGAAUUAAAGACGAAAGGGAGAUCGUUUAAUUUCAAUAACUCGUUUUAAAUGAUAAAGCUAAAAAAAGAAAAAGUAAAAAAAGAUUAUAUUGUAUAUUAUGUUUUGCAUAUAUUUUAGAUGUAUACGCAGUGACGGAUAUCGACCAUCGCUGCGUAUAUACCGUGUGUUUUUCUUAUCUUUUAACUUCUAACUGUAGCCCUUAUGAAUAGAAUCGAAUUUUUCAUAACGAUCCAACAUUAAGCAUAAUAAACGAAAGAAGGAACCCACUUUCUCUGGGUUGUGUACACUCGACAUUUAUAAAUUUUAAGUUUUUUCUUAACGUAGUUUUGCUUAUAUACGUAAUAUGAGAUAUAAACUAAAAAUAACGAUAGCGAACGCAAAUAUAACAUAAUAAAGUAAAAAGUAAAAAAAAUGAGAUAUCGAUGUAGAUGAAAAAAAAUAAAACGCAUGUGGGCCCCGACACACACAUUAUAUAUUCUUAUUAAAUAUUACAAUAACGUAUACUACGCUAUUAUUUUUCAUAGGGAAGGAAAAGAUUACACGCAUACGCGCGAUAACAUGUAUACUUGAUAAUCAUUAGUACGUUUGUUUUCCCGUUUUUUUUUUUAAAUUUCUCUUCUCUAUCCGAAGAAAGAAAAAAAAUAUAAUAACGUGAAAGCGCAUGGGAUAAAAAAGAAAAGGAAACAUACGCGUGUACCAUUUAUAUGGAUGUAUUUGUAUGAGAGAGAAAAAGAGAACGCCCUUUCAAACUUUUCAACCAAGGCAAUUGCACCGUGUUCGGAAUGUCGCUUGAGCUUCCGAUUUAUAAAGGGAGAGAAAAGAAGAAAAAGAGAGAAAACGAGGACAGAAUCGUUAGUUGAUCUGAAAAAAAUUGUACAUGCGCUCAGCUGUUAAUGAUAAUUAUAUAAUUUGAUCUCGGUGGGUCGGUCGGGCGGGCGGCUGACGUGCGGCACAAGACGAAAUUUGCAAGUCGUAUCGUAUAGAUUUCGAAUCACCUUUUUAAGGCACGUUUUGCCAGUGUUGUAUUACCGAGUGGAUAUCAGAGAGUAAGUAGAAAAAGAGAGAGAGGGGGGGGAUGUAAAAGCAUAAAUGAAACGAAAAGCUUUUUUCGCACUGGGAAGAUUAUAUUUGUAGCACGUUGAUCGUUCAUGGUAAUUACUAAUUAAUUAACCACAGAGAUGCACCGAGAGCUCGUCAGUUCACACGUAGCCGACCCAUUCGCGAUCCUCAUAUUUAUAUAAACGCAGCUGCAUUGAUGUAUUCUUGUUGGAUUAUUAAUACCAUUGUAAACAUUGUACCGUUGUAACAUGUAUCCUAAUUCAUGUCUGGUGUCGAGCAGAGCUGAUUCUAUGCUUUCGCUAGUUAAAGAAAAAAAGAAAAUGAACAUCGAGGGAUCGUGUGCACAAAUUUCCGAGUAACUGUUAUUCGUACAAUUUCCGUGAUUCUAUUACACGAUUUAAAUAAGAAUAAAGAGACGAAGCGGAAGAGAAAGAAGAAAAAGAAUAAUAAACAGAAUCAGUGCUGACGAGUACACGAGGCAGAACCGGAAAAAAAAGAUUAUCGUAACUCUAAAGACACAUUUAAACUACUAAAAAAAAAUAAAAAAAAACGGAUACAUAUUUGGAGAGUAGCAGGUAAAUAAUUAAUAUAAAUGUAGUGGCAAUUCUAUAUAAUAUUACCGCAAAGAGAAAAAAAGAAAAAAAAGAUAUAUACGAUGAUUAUUCGAAGUAUAAAAUGCGAAACGCACUCUUAAUGGAUGUUAUAACGAUUUAGAAAUACUUAAAUUGCAUUAUUAAUACUUGCUGUAAAUCUGGCUUUUGGAGCGCGAGUACUCUGCCUAUCUUUUCACGCUCGCGAAAUUUUCCUUCCCAAAAGAAAGUCAGAGAGAGAGUGAGGGAGAGAUAGAGCAGAGUAGUUGAUCCAAUCGACAGAUAAAUUUAAGUUUCCUUCUUUUUUUCAAGAGCAUAAUAUUUAUUCGUUUAUCUUCUAUAAACGCAACCUCUCACAAUACGCAUACACACACAAAAAAAUUAGAAUAUUUAAGAUUUAUAGAGUCCUCCGUUCAGUUUAUAAAAAAAAGUCUUGCGCGAUAUGUUGUGCAGCUUUUUGCGAAAGAUAAUGAUGAACUUUCAAUCAAGUCUUGUAAGAAAGCUCUUAGCACACACGAAUAGAAAGAAGGAGAGGGCGAGGGGGUUCGGACAUGGUUGGCUGAUAUUUUCGGAAGUUUAAUGAUUUAUUGAAAACGUGUUGUCAUGUCUUGAAUACAAUUAAAA